CCCGGCGCGGCCCUAGCUAGCUAGCUCGUCUCGCCGCGGCGCGCGCCUAUAUAUAUAAAGAACGUCCCUUUCAAAUUCGAAUAUUCGCAGCAUUCGAUCGCAAGCAGCCGGCCCGACCGGCGUCGCGAACGAAAGUGCAAAUGGAAAACAGAGAGUAUUCAUGCGUAUUUUGGUCUAGAGAUGAAAGUGAUGCUGACUUAACAGACAUGGCGCAGAGAAAUUCGCAUGUGCCUGGUGUCACUGAUACAGCAGCUAGUAGGAAGAGGAAUGAUUCUUCUGAAGCAAACUUUUCAUCCUUGACCAACAAGCAGAAAACCAGCAUGUAUCAUAGUCAGAAAAAGAAAGGAGUGGUCACUAGCUCUGUGAUAAAGUCAAGCCUAAAAAGUGAAAAUCUAUCAAAGGUUAACAAGCAGAGUACCACAAAAGAACAACCUUCCCUGAAGGAUCUAAAACCAGAGGAUAAGAAGAGGAUUGCAAAUCUUAUCAAAGAACUUGCAAAGAUCGGGGAGGAGAAGGAAGUUGCCAAAGAACAGCUGGAAGUGGAGAGGAAAGAAAACGAGAUGAAGACCAGGAAUUUGCAAGCUCAGAUACAAGCUAUCUUAUGUGAACGAGAAAAUAUUCAGCAGCAGUACCUAGAAUGUCAGAAGCUUCUGUCAUCCUACCAAUCUAAGGUCUCUCAAGAACAGAAGAAUACCUCAGACCCAGUUCAUGAUGGUUCAUCAUCGCAAAAGGGACACAAGUCAAAAGAUGGCUGGUCUCCCUUGAAGGAGAGUGUCCGAACAAUAUCUCCAACAUCUGAUCAUCCUCCAUCAAAAGCAGACCAGGAAUUUGUGGAGCUGCAGUCUGUGCCUGUAUAUCCCAGUGAUGAGAAGAGCCGUUUUCCCAAAGACGACCUUACAGGACACAGACGGAGUGGUGGUCCUGAUGGGAGUUAUUCCACAAACAAGCAUGUGAUCUCUGAAAAGCAGUUCAAUCCAGUUUUGAGUAGUACACACCGGAAGCAUCACCGAUCCAGGAUUCCUUCAUCUGGUGCAGAAGACAUGAGAGCUGCCCAAAGUGGAAAUUCUUUAAAUGGGUUUCCAUCCCUACAAGCACAGAGACAUGGAGAGCCAAGCUUGAGUGACUCUCAUCACCUGUCAACUGUUCAUGGAUCCAACAGAAAGAUAUCAAGGAGCCAAGACACUUUCUUGCCCAUGACCGAAGUCACAGACGAUUCUGCAAUUACUCCUACAUUGCAUGCUCCAAGGCGAGAGAGAAGAGAAGUAAGGAAUAGCUCAGAAAGAACCUCCUGGGUAUCCUUGCCAGAGGUGGAUGGACAACCUGCAUACAGCUAUGAGCUCCAUGAGCAAGGGCCAGGAGCCAGUGAGACCUACAGUGGCUCUAUAUCUCACCAAAAGAGAGAGGAGAGAAAGGAUUAUCGCAGCCUGACACCAGAGCAAAGACAGCGACAACUUGGGUCAUUGAAAGAGAAGCUUCAGCAGGAACAGGAAUGGCUGCAGCAUAAACUACAAGAACAGGAACACUUGCUCCAUCAAAAGAGGUUCGAGAUAGAGAGGCAGAAGGAAGAACUAAGUCAGUUGGAAGACACAGGGUAUGAGCAAGUCAGGAGGAAGUAUCUCAGAGGCAGUGCUUGGGGGAAGCAGAGGGAACGCACAGGGGUAGGUGGGGAAGGCAGAUCAAGGUUUAAUGAUGUGGGUAAUGGUUUCCCAGAAGACCAAUAUCAUAGGGUGGUUCCUGGAGAAGGAAGAGAGGAUGUUACAUCGUCAUGGCAACAGCAUGGUUCUUGGGAUGAGGAGCAACCAUUAUCCACAAACUAUGACGAACCUAGGGAGAUGGCUCAACAAAACCUGACUGAAAGGAGAAGUCAGUUUGGCCAUAACCAGGAAGAAGGCAUUGCUGGUUAUGAGGACAAUUAUUACCAAGGUUACGAUGAAGAGGAUGAGGUGGAAGAUGCGGAGACUUGGUAUCAGAUGAGGAAAGAGACAGAAGGAGCAGAUAAUGGAGGAAGCAUUCAAGGUUAUGUAUCGCUACAUCCACAGCAGCCGAUAAGGAAACAAGGUGCCCUUCACCAAUCAGCAGCUGUUGAUACUGCCACCUCCCCUAUCUACCAGUCUCGUCACAACUCCGGUCUUAAGCACACUACAAAUUAUACUGAGGCAGGAAUGAAAAAGGGUUAUACUUCUGCUUCAAGGACAAGUGAGCCCCCCAAACAGUAUGGAAAUAUUUCAACUCUCUUGGAUGAAGAGGGAUUGACUGGUCUUUCAUUGAAUGGGUCUAAUCCACCAUACAUUAGACCAGAAUCGAAGUCUAGACCCGGGACAAACAUCACCACCACCAACCCCAACCUUAAGAGAAGAGGCAUCAUCCAACCACCGCACCAGACCCAUCUGCACUCUCAGGAUCAACCUGAGAGGAGAAUACAUUCAGCCGGUCAAGAUAGUGCGAGGGUGAGACAUAGAGCGGGAGAGGAGCUAUACAAACCCCAAUUACAAAGAGGAAAGGUUCAGGAUAUAAACAAACACCCCACACCAAGUCAAGCCCUGAGGGACUCUUCUCAGGAGAAAGGGUCAUUGCAUUCCUAUACAGAUGCUGCCAGAGAAGACGACGCCCUCCACGCACACCUAGUUCAAAGGUCACAUCAGGUCAUUCGGGAGAUUGGGAUGUUACUCAAUCAGAGUGCUGAGAUGGGAGAAGAGGAGGAGUCCAAGGUUCUAGAAGAUAUCUUCUUCCUCAAGUGAAUAUCUCUGAGAGGUUGAUUCAACUUAUACCCCAUCACACGGAAUCAGCAGGAAUCGAGCAGAACCAGCCGGAAUGAAGAACUUUCAAAAUUCGUGCCACAUUCGGGAAGGAAUUUGAAAUUUUCACUACUUUUGCAAAAAUGUCGUUCGAAUACUUAGAACAUCCUUGAUCCCGCCUCGAAUGAUUCUUGCACAUUCCGGGUGUAUUGACUGUCGAAUGCAGCUCGAAUACAGUCGGAACACAGGAAGAAUAUUAAGAAUGCUGUUAGAAUGCAGCAAGAAUAUUUAGAAUGCAGUCAGAGAGCAGUCAGAAUCCACUUCGAAUGUCGUUCGAUAUUUCUCCACUUCGAAAGUUUUGAACAUGAGCAAAACAUUCGGGCCGGUCACAAGAAUGGACCCGAAUGUCUGGAAUGCACUCAGAAUGCAGUCAGAAUUUUUAGAAUGCGCUUCGAAUAUCCAGGAAUGUACCAAGAAUUUUCAUUCCGACGGCAUUCCGGCUCAUUCCGCCUCUAGUGUGACGGGGGUUAAAAUCCCAGGAAGCAUAGCAGCCAUCAUUUUCAAAUUUGAAAUGGACUUGUGAUAUCAUGAUGUAGGCCUACAAUGAAACAAUAUGUCUGUAUUCAGAAUUGUGCUGAUGUCCUCAUUUUAUUCCCUUCAAACUUCAUACAUGGUUCCAAAUCCCUUCAGUAUGUUUUGUUAUUGAAACUACAGUUAUGUUGAUUGAACUCUCUAUGACAUGUAUGACAUACAUCUAUCUUCAUGUCUUUGCACAUUCCAUUGUGAACCAAUGUUGAAAGUGGCGUCUUUAACAGUGUGUUGUAAUAUAAUGAUAUGUACUAGGAUUGCCUUGAAUCGACCUCUUUCUGUAUAAGGUGAGGAAAGGGUGGCUGUAUGAGGAGAAGGGAGGCCAUUACAUGCCUGUGUAAUAGUACUUACUAGUUUUACAUUAUUGUUUUUAUACUGAAAAUACAUGUAAUUCAUUGCAAAAACUUAAAAAACAUGUGAAACUGGGAAUUUUUUAACUUCAUCCUGAAGGGAAAAAUCAGGAAAUUUGUUUUCUUGAAAAGCUGGGGACCCCUGUCAUAUGAUUCAACUAUUGACAUAGUUGCCAACCAUUGUAGUUAUGACAUUGUAAUCCCAUAUCCCAUUGUCAAAUAGGCCUUUAAACUGUCAAUUAUUAUUUACAGUCACAUUCUUUCUUAGAAAAUGGUGUAAAAAGACCAGGAUCUAAGCUGUGUAAAUCAUCAAAUAAUUGCUGGUAUGUACAUGAUCAAAUGUCUUUAUUAUUAUUAUUCUGGUUUUUCAUUUCUUCAGGGUGUCAUGCUGACAGAAUCGCCUGAAAGUCUUAAUGAAAAAAAAAAGACUUCAAACAUUGUUGCAAUUUGAUAGAUAUGGCCCCGUUUUUGUGUAUAUCCCCCAGUCUUCCGAAAUACUGAAAACAGACAAAUUCCAUGGAAGGAACACAGAAUUUCCCCCCAAAAAUCCACUUUUUCUUGCAGAAAGUUUUCGUUAUGCAAAAUACAGUAACUUCAUCUUGGACAUGGCCUUUGUGGAUUUGGGUUAAUUUUAUAUGUUGAAAGACCAUGCUGUACCUAUGAGAAGCUGAAUAAUGUAAAAAGUAUAUAUUUUUUAUUUCAUAUUAUAAAGUACCCUCAAAAAUGGUGUGUGAUUCUUCGACCAGUGAUUUUUUUUUUUCGGGGGCUACUUUUCACAACUUACUGCCUAAAUCUGCAAUGUUGGAUGAGCUUUAAUAUUGCAGUGAAUGGGGUUUUUCAGGGCUCCUUUUUUUUUUAGUUUCCAGGGCUCUGUUGAGCAUUUCAGGAGCUAAAUCGCUGCCAGCCCCCGUAAUUUUUUUUUUCCGUCUGUGACAUCACCUCCCUCACUUGCAUACUGCCACUUUUGUGCAUUUUGUUAUAAAUGUUAAAUUAUGCAAAAAUUUCAAAUUUCAUAAUCUCUUAUUUUAUAUUCAUUAAAUUGUGAUUAAAUUUC